AUGGCGACCACCACAUCCACUGACGCCACACUCAAGGAGUACCACAACGACAGCGGGAUCGACCACGCCGCGCCCAAAGCUGGCAUCAACGGCACCCAUCCGCGAGCCUACAACUAUGGAGGAAACCCCCUCGCUCACAUGAACACGGGCAAUUCGGCUCGGUUCCCAGCUUUCGGCGGAGAAUUCCAACCGGGUCUCUACAAGCCCACCACCGAGCGGAAAUUUGCCAACCCGGCCCCGCUCGGAUUGAGCGCUUUCGCGCUGACGACGUUUGUCCUGUCCUUGAUCAACAUUGGCGUGCGUGGUGUGAGCCAGUCGAAUAUUGUCAUUUCCCUCGCGUUCGGCUACGGGGGACUCGUCCAGCUGCUGGCGGGCAUGUGGGAAAUGGCCGUGGGCAACACCUUCGGCGCCACCGCCCUCUCCUCCUACGGCGGCUUCUGGCUCUCCCUCGCCAUCCUGCUCACCCCGGGCGGCUUCGACAUCGCCGCCGCCUACUCGCCCACCGACAGCACCGGGGCCGCGACGGGCGCCGGCGUCAACGACUUCAACAACGCCUUCGGCUACUUCCUCGCCGGCUGGUUCAUCUUCACCUUCAUCCUGCUGCUGUGCACCCUGCGCUCCACCGUCGCCUUCUUCAUGCUCUUCUUCACGCUCACGCUCGCCUUCCUCAUGCUGGCCGUCGGCCACCUCGAGGCGAGCGACGCCGGCGUGCCCCAGUCGGCGUGCAUCAAGGCCGGGGGCUACUUUGGCAUCUUUGCCGCCUUUCUGGCUUGGUAUAAUGCGCUGGCGGGUAUUGCCGAUGAUAGCAACUCCUUCUUCGUCAUCCCCGUCGCCCACUUCCCCUGGUCCGUCCAGGCCCGGCAGCGCAAAGAAGACAAAGGCGAGCGCGCUACCGUCUAA